GUUUUCAGCGUCUACGUCAUAGCACGUCAGCACGUGACACAGUUGAUAAAAACCUCGGUAAGACACUGACCGGCACUUAGUUCGCUCAGUGACUAUACGAGUUGGUGUGUCAAGUGUUUUUCCUUCGUUUAGCGUCUGUUUGACCGCUUGGACCCAAGCCAAGAUGACAAACGGACACAUCGAAAUCUACGACCCCAUUCCCCACCCUGAUGGCCGCUCCACUGGUACAUACCACGAGCCCGAGUCUACCCCAGACGUGGCAAACAUGGAGGAAACAGUGGAGUUCAGAGUCCUAGUGGCCUACAUGGCCUGCCCGUCGAGGAGACGACCAAACACACAGAGGAGCCCAGUCACACAAAGCGGUGGGGAUGACGCAGAUGGACAUGUCAAAACUCCACUAAAGACACCAACACAGACUGAAAACAAGGUCACAGAGAAGAAAAACAGAAAGAAGAAGAGGAGAUUGAAACGCAUGUUGAACAUUUUCAGCUGCACCAGGCCUCAGACAAAGGAUGAAGAAGACGAGGAGGAGCAGCAGCAGAAACCGAUGGAGCCUGGUGAUGUUGCAUUCAGAUGUUUCCAUGCUACAGAUGAGCCUGAAAAGAAGGACGAGGAGGACAAGGAUGAGAAGGCGAGAGAGGUAGCGAGCAGACUUAUGGAGCUUGCUGAUGAAAUCCAAUUAAUUCCUCCAGAAAUAGAGUCGGAUUCCCCAGAUGAUGAGGUGGAGAAGAUAAUUGGUCUGCUGCUGAGAGAAACUGGAGACAAAUAUGAUGUCAAGGUGCUGAAAGAUGCCAACAUAGCAGCAGAGCUCUUCUGGAAUUAUGAUUUCUUUAGGAGGUUAAUAAACACCUUCCUGUUACGAGUGGGCCUCAGGACCCCCUCGCCCAACUCUCCAGGGCCACAGGCAUCACAAAAAACCCAGAUGGCUGUGAUGUGUGAGGUCACCACUCGUCUGUCAGCUGUGGAAACGUUGCCCACAAACCGCCUGCUGAACUAUGGAGCUCGAUACAUGCAGGAUUACUUUUCAUCCUGGGUGCAGGAACAAGGAGGAUAUGAUGCAGCGUUUGAUGAGACCGAGGAAGUCGACUGAGAGCAGAAGGGACGUGGUUUACAAGCUCCACAGCUCCCCCUGUUGGCCAAAACCUGCACGGAUGUAGCUUCAGGAGCUGCUAACAUCAACAAUGAACUCUAA